AUGUGUCUUUUGCGUGAGGCUCGCCGAGAAACUUGGUACGAUACAGGCGUAGUUCGACCACAAAAGGGAGACCAAGUCGUGGUACCACUGGAACAUGCGCCAGGCUCCCCAGAUCAGAGAGACGAAGAGCAUGUAGACCUGAGCGCCGUCCUUGGCAAAGACGAGAUCGGCGCAGGGACAAGUGUGCGGUUCAUCUGGAUCGAUUCAACGUGCAUUAUUCAGGGCUGGGGGGAAAUCGGAACGCCCGAACUCGACUGGAAUAAGCAGGCUCUGCCUAUGCACAACUUGAAUCGCAACUUCCACUGCAACAUCGCGGCGGCCGAACUGAAGGGCUAUACUGGUGUUCUCUUCUGUGAGCAAACUUCUAGUGUACUGCCUAUUCAGUAUGCUGCACGCCGGCCAUCGACGACCUUUGCCGUCAAACUGCUCAACAAGGCUUACAACGAAGGCCGGGCCGAAGCAAUGCGGAUGACUUUGGAGGAAGUCCCGGCCGAUCUUGACGAAAUUUUCUCUACGAUUCUAAGCAAGGAUAUCUCAGAUGCAGCUGAGACAGUUUGCAUGUUGCAAUGGGUGCUUCUCAGCCUGCGUCCACUUACGUCUCAAGAGUUCUUUACAGCUGUAGUAGGUACAGCUGCUCCUACAAGCAAUCUAAUAAUCCAGCGCCGGAUUACCACCUCAUCAAAGGGCCUCAUUGAGAUACGGAAAGGAGAGUCCGAUUCUGUCCAGUUUAUCCAUCUGUCGGUUAGGGACUUCCUGUUUCGAUAUAAGAGGCUACAAAUAUUGGACGCGACGCUAGGACCCGAGCCUCUUGCAACUAUCCACGGCCGACUCUAG